AUUUUCAUGGCGCUAAAAUUACCAAAAGUCGGCCACAAUUGAAUAAUUUUUUAAAUUGUAAAGUAGUGUACAGAAUUGGUUAUUUUGUGGUAGAUAUGGAAGAAUUAAGUGGAUCCGUUAUUUUACUCCUAGCUUUCCUAGUGGGAAGUUUUCUCGGCUGGUUUCUCAGAGGACAAAGGGAAACAAUCAAAGAACCGGUAAGGCACGUUGAGGAAGUUUUAACGGGUUCGAGAAUAAUGAUUUUGUGAGCAUGACUUGAAAGAGGAGAUGUCACUUUGUAUAUUAGCAAUCUGUUAGCUUUUGGCGUAAAUACCCAAUUUGAUAUUGACUUAAGGAAUUAUAUUUAGAAAAAAUUAUGUCUCGUACCGCGGCGUUUAUCCUGUUUCUCCUCCCUGGCCUCCCCCCCCCCCCCCCUGCUCCCCCCACACUCACAAAUGAAAAAUGUAAUUCAACAUCUGCUAUUCUUGCACAAUUUUUUAUGGAAAGAACAUUAUUUGGUUAGUUUUUUCACUUAAACUAAAACUUAGUAUAUUCUACGCGUACGAGGGAAAACACUAGCACCUAAAUACUUAACAAAUAGAUUCCAAUGAUGUUCUUACCACAUUUUGACUUCCUCUGUGAUCUAUUACUGAACAGAUGCACCACAACUUGGAAUCUAUUUGUUUUAUAUAAUAAAGAAUUAAAAAAAGUUUUAAUGAUGACAUCAUCUAUACAUCUGUCCUCCAAUAGAUCAUAAGUGAGAACCAAUCAGAAUGCGUACAUAAUUGAGCUUAUUAUAUAAAACUGAAUGACAUACAAGAGUAUCUGUAGCCUCAAAUGUGGUUCAAUUAAAAAAAUAUUCCAUGAACACAGACGGCAUCAAAGUAUGGUAAAAACAAAAAAGUGGCACAAGGGACACAGCCAAGUAUGUCACUGGUGUUCCUACCACACUUGGACAACUUCUGUGAUCUAUUACUGAACACACCCACAGCGACAUGGAAUCUAUUUGUUUUAUAUGAUAGGACAGCAAAAUUAUGUUAACCUUACAACUCCCAGAUUGAAUUUGUUAUUUUCUUUACUGUCAACCAUACAAUUCUUAUAAUGUUAGUUCAGAGAAUUUAGUAUUGGAUCAACUAAUUAUCCCCAAAUUGAUCUUUUCUUUAUUCUCAUCACUUGUCUGCUUGAUAUUGUAUUGAUAUUGUAAGGAGAAAUUCUUUCUUGGUCACUCAUUUGAGUUAAAGGGUUAAUGGGAACAUCAUCUAUGAUCUUGUCCUUUAGUAGGUCAUCAGAAAGAACCAAUCAAAAUCUGUGUAUAAUUCUGCUUAACCCUUUAACUUCCAUGAGUGAUCAAGACAGAAUUUCUCCUUACAAUUUCUCCAGACAAGUGAUGAGAAUAAAGAAAAUAUUAGUUAGGGGACUAUAAGUUGAUCCAAUACCAAAUUCUCCAAACUAACAUCACAAGAACUGUAUGACAAACAGUAAGGAGAAUUACUAAUGAGAUCCUGGGAGUUAAAAGGUUAAUGUAAAUUAGACUCAGAGAGUUACUGCAUGAGACUUCAGAUAGAGUGGUAUGUGUUUUAGUUUGUUUUUUUAUAUUUUUGCAGCCAGGAAUAUUGAAUCUAGAUGCAGUUGGUGAAUACAAAAUGGUUUUAGUGGUAAGACAGGAUCUUGGAAUGGGUAAAGGGAAAGUUGCAGCUCAAGUAGGUAAACAGCAAUAUAAUAUUGCUGUUCAUUUUCUUUACAUUUUGAGUGCUUAUCCAUAUUAAUUAUCAGAUCAUUGGAAACUUGUUAGAAAUUUGUGGCAAUCCUGCUGGGUUUUUGGGUAAUCAUUUGGAUCUUCAGUAUGAUUAUACUGUGCUCAGUGCAGAAAAACCUGAUUCUUUUAUGUAGACAACAAUAUUUUCAUUUGUGUGUUUUUUCCUCCAUUGUUCAGACUCUUUCUUUGAGUCAUUAUGGUUACCUAGAACCUUUGCACCCUAACAUCAUUAAGCAUGUUCUCCAUACUGUUGUCAGUUGAUACAUUCCUCAAGGCACUGACAAGGAGAAUCUGUUUCACAAUCAAAAGCCUCUUUAACUGGUGAUCAUUCCCUUUAAUCUUAUCAAGAUGUGACAGUUUGAUGUUAUCGUGUUAUUCUGACUCAAUGAUUGAGACUAAAAGUGUACCCUUUGUGUGUUGUAUUGUUUCCAGUGUUGUCAUGCAGCAGUUGGCCUUUGUAGACAAAUGGAAACAAACAACCCAAAGGUAUUACAAAUAUUCAUCUCAUCUCAUUCUGUGGUUUGGACAAACUGCUAUAAAAUUGCACUGGCAACAUUUAUUAUUUUGGUUUGGACACAUGCAAAAUGUGGUAAUUAACAGCUUUUUCUGGACUAAGUACAACUUAGCCCUAAUUGGCUGGUAAGUGGUCGUCGACAGUGUUUUUAUUAGAAAUGUGGUCAUAGGAGAAAAGUGUAAAUAAUGUUCUCCACAUCUGAACAAAAGAACUCAGGUCAUCAAACUUUACCCAGCAAAUUCCAUGUGGUUGGCAGAUCAUUUUGGUCCUCAGUGACUGAAAACAUCUAUAAGCAAUAAUCAGUAUUGUUAAACCACAAUGUUCAGGUUUAUUUCCUUUUGCAUCUUGUUUUUAUGCUUCUUGUUAUUUUUUUAUUGACCUGAAGCUGUUGCAUGAAUGGGACCAAACAGGAUGUGCCAAAGUUGUUGUUAAGGCCCCAGAUGAGGAAACAUUGUAUGUAACUUGUUUUUAAAUUUGUAUACUGUCAAAAAAAAUUUUCAUUUUCCUCUGCUGUUCAUCUUAAUUCUGCUCAGCUUAACAUAUCAGACAUGUUGAACCAUAGUUAAUUGUAACUAUGGGUUCAUGUGAAGAAACCCAGAUAAUGAGAUCCUGUUGUAAUGUUCAAAUUUUAAAAUGUUUUUAACCAGUCUGUUUUUCAAUUCCCCAUUAUUUCAGAUUGGAAGCAUCUGUUCCUAUUAAUAAUAUUUAUUUUGUAUUUUUAAAACCAACUUUGUGUGUUUGAUGGGAGAAUGACACAAUUAACCCUAUACAUUGGUAUUCGUAUUCUUCAAACUGUUCUCUACAUAUUUUUUAUUGUAUUGACAAGGAGAAUUUGGUUAACAAUCUGGAGCAUCUCAAAUUCGUGAUUAUUUUCUUCAGGCUCUAAUCUUUACAGUUAAUUCCAGGGUGAUUCUGUAAGAAGAAAUUAGAAGUCAGUCACUCUUACAAGUUGAAGGGUUAACUGAUAAUAUUUCAUGGUGAUUAUUUCAAUCUAACAGAGUUGAGCUCACACGACAAGGAAGAUCUUUAGGUCUGGAGACAUGUCUUAUUAGAGAUGCAGGCAGGACACAGAUAGCUCCUGGUUCUAAGACUGUUCUUGGUGUAGGACCUGGUAAAUAAAUACUUAUAAGAGUUCUUAUCUUCCAUGUGUCAAUCUCAAUGGAUAGGAUAAGUAAGGGGCCUAGUGUUUACUGUGCUGACCUGGGAUGGAGGAGCCUGGGUUCAAGUCAUGGCCAAGGUGUAGUGUAUUGUGUUCUUAGGAAAGACACUUUAUAUUCACCAGGCCUCUCUCCACCCAGAAGCAUGAGUGAUCAGCUGGGAAACAUGAUGAAAAGAUAGGAGGAAGGGCUGAAACUGUGUCUUUUACCAUUCUUUUCAUCCACAUUUUUAAUAAUUUGUUUUCUUUGCAUUUUUUUUUUGUUUUUCCCUUCACUCCUUGUUCCUGUUUUGUUCCUGUUUUGUUCCUAUUUCUUUGGUUGCACUCAAUACUUGUCUUUCAUCUCAUUUUUUAAGGAUGAUUUACUUUCAGUUAUUUCUUAAUUCAUUGAGGUGUUUUUGUUUUGCAGGCCCAGUAGAUAUAGUAGACAGAGUGACUGGCCAUUUGAAGCUAUAUUGAUAAAAGUAAAUGACCUGAAACCAUAUUUUUUUAGCUUUAGCAAAACUAAUCUCACUUGGUAUAGUAUUUUUGUCGCUUAUUUCUGUAUAUUUAAUGUUUUGCGGUAAUAAACUUCAAACCAGCUUUCUUUUUCUGAAGUGGAUAUGUAAUUCAAAUACACAUAAAACAAUAGAUGCUUAAUUCCGUUAUUUUUUAAGCCAAGUGAAGCUCAUUCUGCAACCAUGUAAAGGAUUUUUUUUCUCUGUACUCCACCAUACAUGCCUUAAAAUUUAAUCUCUGAGAAUUUGGUUCCAAAUCUAACUGUUACAGUGUUCUCCAGUUCAUAUUUCCUUUCCUCUGGUCACCUUUGGACUGGAAGAUAUAUUGAUUAUGUGAGAAGAGAC